AUGCAUGUUCUAGGCCAUGAGCUAGUUUCUGAUGCUGAUGAUAAAGUUAGGUUGAUUCGAGACCGACUGAAAGCGACAUCUGACAGACAGAAGUCCUACGCUGACCUGAAGCGUCGAGAGAUUGAGUUUUCAGUGGGUGACUUCAUUUUUCUCAAGGUCUCGUCAUGGAAGAAGGUACUGAGAUUUGGUCGCAAGGUUUUGAAAUUGGAUCGGAUUCACGAUGUGUACCACGUCUCUAUAUUGAGGCGCUACCGCUCUAAUCCCACGCAUAUUGUUCCUGUUGAGGAGAUCGAGGUUAGGCUAGAUCUUACCUUUGAAGAGGAGCCAGUUCAGAUAUUAGAGCGAUAUGUAAAGGUUCUAAGAAGCAAAUCCAUCCCACUAGUUAAGGUUCUUUGGCGUAUUCAUAGUUUUGAAGAGGCCACGUGGGAGCCUGAGGAUGCGAUGCGUCAGCAGUAUCCUUAUCUGUUCUGA